CCACCAUCGACUUGGGCGCCUGAUGGCAACCUUCAAUACCUAGUAAUACCAGUAUUUUCCUCGUUUCACUAUGAAUAACGAUGCAUUUCAAAAGUUGGUACGAGAGAGAGCACACGUUAAGAGUACCAAAGAAAUUGCUCGCGAAGCUGUGGAAGCCGAGUUCCACAGGCGAGGCCGAGGCAAACGCCAAAGAACGUCCGACAGCGACAGUGACAACGACGCCGACGCUCCGCGUCGUAAGAAUCAUUCCAAUCGUUCAAAGUUAAACGAGGAGCAAAAGGGCGAAAACGACAAUGUUCUCGAGGAACUUGCGGGGAAAUAUCGAGAUCGAGCGAAGGAACGGCGCGAAGGGACGUCCGGCGGACGACAGGUUCUAUCGGCAGAGCAGCUAUUAGAGGCAGAUGAUCCCGCAGCACUUGUCAAAUCGCUCGAUGACGAGUCAAGAGCUCAAUUUGUAAAAGGUCUGGAUGUUUCGUUGGCGCGCUCUAACAAAGAACGCAUAGGAAAUACGGAUCUUACCACAGACCACGCCAAAGACUCGUUGGACACAUCCAACAAAUUCCCCAGCGCAGACGUUGCCCAAGCUUGGAUUUUAUCUACCACUGACGAUGCAACAACGACUAGCUUAGGUAGAGAUAUGCUGACGUACCUAAAGUCAAUGCAUAGAGAAGUGGAAAUUCCCAUGGAACCGACUUCAGCUGGCUUAUCGAUUCAAAGGUCUUCCCUAACGUUCUCACUCGAUGGCGACCCGAAAAAUGCCGAUCGUGCUUGGGAAUGCCCUAAGCAACAAACGUUUGCCCGAGUCGGUGAGAGCCUAUUUAUAAAGGCUACGCCCAUAACAGACGAUAUUUUGGUACGGAUGGAAAAUGCUUCGCGACGGGCGAAGAAGGCAACGUCGGCUAGUUUCAGCAACAAGAAGAGCGACGCGCAACAAGACUCCACAUCAUUUUCAGAAUAUUAUGGAAAUGAUACAGACAAUAGCGACGAUGACAUAUUUGGGGAUCUGGAGGGUGAGUACGAUCCGAUAGCAGAACAAAAGACAGGAACUUCCGAACAAAAAGCACAGCUCGCGGAAGGCGAUCCCGACGGAAAUGAUGAGAGGGAAAUGAACACAAACGCGGUUCCAAGAGUUUCGUUCUUUGAGUUGGGAGAAUCGCGCGCGUCCGCAUCUGGUAUUAUUGAAGAAGGUACGCUCAAGAAAGAAGGAUAUACUGGCUUGAGAGAGUUGGGUGGAUCCACUUCUCAAAGAACAAGACUGGUGGGAUUGUCAUCAACGACUGGAUAUGACGACGAUAUUGACACUGAUUUCAACGGAAUGCUAGAAUACAAAGAUGAAGAAGGCUGUCUUUCAAAGAAAAAAAAGAAGCACGCCGAUGAAAAGACGGAUGACGGCAAGGAGGAUGGACUUGGACAACAUUGAAGGCGUAUCCACGAGAUCGUAGAACCCUUGUAGAGCAGAGACUGAUUUGGCUGAAAGAUACCCGGGAGCGAAAUUCAUCCAGAGGAAGUCUUGCUCGGUUUUCAACAAAAGACUAAGAGCUAGAGUGCUUUCACAGUCAAUGCACAUAUAGCAUAAAACGACACCUCACCUUG